AUCCCUGCCCGCACACAUUGCCUCCAUGUAACCCCAGAAUAACCUUGAUGUGUGAUCCAAGGGGGCAAGGGAGAGCAAUUUUGCAGAUUUUCCAAACAGGUGACUUUAGCUCCCCUGGGCCUGGACGGAGGGGUAGCCCAGUGACAAUGGGCAUAGCCCCAUGUCAGGAGCAGGAAACGUUUGGCAGGCUCCGCAGAGUUCUCUCUCCUCUGAUCCCACAGCACCUGUUCCAGUUUUCCUGGCCGCUGGGGUAUGGCCGUCAAUGUGUACUCCACAUCCGUGACCAGUGAGAACCUGAGUCGCCAUGAUAUGCUUGCGUGGGUCAAUGACUCCCUGCACCUCAACUAUACCAAGAUAGAACAGCUCUGUUCAGGGGCGGCCUACUGCCAGUUCAUGGACAUGCUCUUCCCCGGCUGCGUGCACUUGAGGAAGGUGAAGUUCCAGGCCAAGCUAGAGCACGAGUACAUCCAGAACUUCAAGGUGCUGCAAGCAGCUUUCAAGAAGAUGGGUGUUGACAAAAUAAUUCCUGUAGAGAAAUUAGUGAAAGGAAAAUUCCAAGAUAAUUUUGAGUUUAUUCAGUGGUUUAAGAAAUUCUUUGACGCAAACUAUGAUGGAAAGGAAUACAACCCUCUGCUGGCGCGGCAGGGCCAGGACGUAGCGCCACCUCCUAACCCAGGUGAUCAGAUCUUCAACAAAUCCAAGAAACUCAUUGGCACAGCAGUUCCACAGAGGACGUCCCCCACAGGCCCCAAAAACAUGCAGACCUCCGGCCGACCGAGCAACGUGGCCCCACCCUGCAUCCUCCGGAAGAAUCCCCCAUCGGCCCGAAAUGGUGGCCAUGAGACUGAUGCCCAGAUCCUUGAACUCAACCAGCAGCUGUUGGAUUUGAAGCUGACAGUGGACGGGCUGGAGAAGGAGCGUGACUUCUACUUCAGCAAACUCCGAGACAUCGAGCUCAUCUGCCAGGAACACGAAAGCGAGAACAGCCCUGUCAUCUCGGGCAUCAUCGGCAUUCUCUAUGCCACCGAGGAAGGCUUUGCACCCCCUGAGGACGAUGAGAUUGAGGAACACCAACAAGAAGACCAGGACGAGUACUGAGGGCGGCUCCAGCCCUGGCUGACUGCACGCCCCCACCCCACGCCCACCCCACAUUAUACUCCUUUCCUAAGA